UGCAUUAAUUAAAGAAGUAUGUCAUGCAAUAGCAAAGCAGUUUCCAAAUCAUCAAAUGCUAUCAGCUUCCCUAAAGGGUGAUGACCUUUUGCGAGUCAUUCGAGGUUAUGAAGAGACAUGGAGCUUUCCCAUGUGUGCGGGCGCAGUAGGUGGAACUUACAUACCAAUACUGGCACCUAACAAAAAUCACACAGAAUAUGUCAACC